AUGCUCCGCUCUCGUGCCCUCAUUCUCCUCGCCGCCGGCAUGGGUGUGUUCGCAGCACCACAGAUUGUCCAGCGCGACAUGGCUAAGCCUACCGACACCGAGGUUUUGCAGUUCGCCCUUACUCUCGAGCAGAUCGAGAAUGCUUUCUACCAAGAGGGUCUCGACAGCCUCGAUGAGCAAGCAUUUGAAGCUGCGGGGUAUCCUCCAUGGGUCCGUGCUCGUUUCGAGCAGAUCAAGGAGCAUGAGGCGACGCACGUUGCCUUCAUCUCCAACGCCCUCGGCUCUGCUGCUCCUCAGCCCUGCACGUACAACUUCCCGUACAACGAUCCUAAGUCGUUCGCGGCUCUUUCCAUGGCUCUCGAAACGGUCGGCACGUCAGCUUAUAUCGGUGCCGCUCACCUACUCGAGAAUAAGGAUACCUUGACUGAGGCUGCGUCCAUCCUCGGCGUCGAGUCUCGCCAGGCUGGAUGGGUCAGUUCUGCGGUCCUUAAGGGGUCCGCGUGGGAUGGCGCAUUCGAGACCCCUCUCUCGAUGGAUGGUGUCUAUUCGCUCGCCUCUCAAUUCGUUGUCUCUUGCCCGGAUUCCAACCCGAAGCUCAUGGUCAACAUCCUGCCCAAGCUCGAGAUCGAACCUGGCUCGCCCCACAAUGGCGAACCUGUCAAGUUCAAGUUCAAUCAUGACGCUGUGAACCACGACAGCCAGCUCUAUGUUGCCUGGUUCAACGGCAUCGUCGUUCAGUACUCAGACCUGUCCAAUGACCACAUUGCCAACGUACCCGACGGCUUGCAGGGGACGGUCUACGCGGGCAUCGUGAACGAGAAGGCGGCUACCCCGACUGCCCAGACGCUACUCACCGGGUUGGCCAUGUUCGAGAUCAACUUCCCCUCCUAUGUCUCUAACCCUUGA